AUGCCGAGACUCUCGAUCGCGGCGGUCAUCAGCAGCGGCGCGGUCGAUCCACAGAGAAGGUGCCGCCUCUUCAGCCUUCCACCUGAACUGCGUAACUGUGUUGUGUACGAAUUGGUUCUCACGGUGAAGCUUAGCAUCGAUAGCGGCAAAGUGGAGAUUGCGGGACGGGACGACGAAAGCAUCGCACCGGGCGCCCUCUCGCUCCUCCAGACAUGCCGCGUCGUGUACAGCGAGGCACACGGGGUCUUCUACAAAACCAACCACCUCAAGAUCGAGUACAGCUGGGGACGCGAAAGCCACGGCUUCCGCGAGUUCGUCCGCGAGCUCGACGGCAGCCGACUCGACGCCAUCGAAGUGCUCACCCUUACCGUCACGUCGCUAGAGGCGGCGAUCGCGGCAAUCAAGCGGGUACGCCCCUGCCGACGCUUGAAGCACCUCUCGCUGCAUGGGGAGUGCGACAUGGGGGAUUUCCGGGACAGUCAUGGCAACAUCCAGCGGGAGCGUGGGUACCUCAAGAAAGCCAUCGACGAGCUUCCAUUGUCUGUACAAAUAAUUACCUACGACAAUAUCCGGUUGGUCGGCUCGGCCUGUUACCCUCAGGGUCAGCAUAAGGCCUUCGAACUCGCGACAAAGAUCUCGGAUGUGUUGGCUAGUCUUCUCAAAGGUCGUGCCGUUGGGUUGCGGACGGAAAAGAAGGGUCUGAUGAGAGGGGACGGCAGGACGCCAGCGAGUGCCUGA